UAAAUUCAGGUUGCCGUGGGCAACCGGGUUUUGGGUGGUGACUCGUCUGCGGGUGUUUAGUGAAUCCUUCUGCUGGCCUCCUUUUAUUUUGAGGCAGGCAAGAAGCAGCGGACUGUAGAUCAAUGUGCCUAGGACGCGUGUAGUCGCUACUGAUCGGGACGUGGGUGAACUGGGGCGCGUGCGAUUGUUCCAGUGCGCUCGAGGCAGCUGCCCUACCCGAUGGAGGUAGCAACAGCGGCUGUCUUCGUUCACUUCGUGGUGGCGGUGCUUCAUCGGAUGACAGCGAGCCCAUCCUAGCUACGGAAUGCGCAUCGACGCUGUCGGGUCAUUCGCGCUUUAGCAUUCGUACAACUCACUCCCUCUUAAGUUCUUCCCGAUUUCUUAAAUCGCCCGUCGUUUUUCUUCCGUCGUGGGCAGCGUUUAUGAUUUUGGGGAGUGCCGGUUCACAUCGAAAGAAGAGACCGAAGUUCAAGGUUGGAGGCGCCCCUGUGCCGCUCGCACCUUCGCUGCUGGUGCUACCGCCGUCACUUGGAAGACGACGACCAUGGCGAGCAGCGACGUGAUCGAGGUGUUCAUUGAGACGUUGCACGGCACCGCCUUUGAGCUGCUCGUCUCGCCUGCGGACACUGUGGUUUCGAUCAAGUCGAGGAUAUCAAGACUCGAAGGCAUCCCAGUGUCCCAGCAGCACCUGAUCUGGCAGUGCCAGGAGCUGCCAGACGACUCAUCCUUGCAUGAAUGUAACAUCACCGAUGGAGCCACCAUCAAGCUCGUGCUGGGUAUGCGAGGAGGGCCCAUCAACACCCGCAAAGCCUAUCUGGAGGAGCGCCCAACCCUGAAUGAUGUGGCCAAGUAUCUAGACACCAAAGGCGAGGAGAUGAGCCUGAAUGUUCCUCGACUGCGGGCAGUGCGCCUGGUGGUGAUGCGAGACGGGGACAAGGUGCAUUUGUACACUGUACUGGACAGCGCUCCUAGGUCGCCUACGGGGCUGCUCAGUGAGGACAACACGCCUCGGGAGCUGAGCGAUGAGGACAGCGCCUCUGAGAGCCGCCGGCACAGAGAGAACCAGGUCACCCGCCAGAAGCUGGAGCAGCUGCAGAGGAAGAUGCGUUACUGUCGUCUGCGCAAGGAGGGUCAGCCUGUGUUCAUUGACCUAGCUACAGAAGAAGGCACCAAGGCUAUCAGCGCUGCACCAAAAGCUCUCUUGCCACCACUCGAGCCGCCGAAGGCCCGGCCUCCAGCAAAGCGGGAUGAUGAUGCUGUGGAUCGGGCGCCCCCGCCGAUUGUGCCACGGAGCCCUCUGCCAUCGUCUAAUGUACGAGUUUUUGGAAAGAAAAAAGCUGAGAAGGCUUUGGGCAGCACGGUGCUUCCCCAGCUGCAGCUGCCGACCACAUCACCUGGCUGCAGCCGUAUUACUCCUCGCCACUGGAGGUCUCCGUCAUCUCUACAGAGGGAAAUGUGGCACCACUGCACCAUGAGGAUGCUGAGCCCAAGAAAGUACCUUUUGCCAUCAUAUUUCAGCAGCAGUGGCCAUGUGACCCACCAUCUACCAGCAGCUGUUGCCAGACCCGAAGCGACUGGGGCUCUGCCCAAACGCACUGAACGGACCGCUGGGGUCCUGCACAGCCGGGCUGGUAUUGGCUUCCAGGGACGCUGCCGCAAAGUUCUCUUGCUGGCCACUCUUGGCCCAAUGGGUCCAUCAUCAUCCCGUUGUGCCUCACUGCCCGAAGAAGGCACUGCCUGCACUGCUGAGCCUGGACGCUACUAUAAGGUUGGCACUGUUGAGGGUUUUCACUUGUACAAUUGCAGCAGCAGUGGCCAUGUGACCCACCAUCUACCAGCAGCUGUUGCCAGACCCGAAGCGACUGGGGCUCUGCCCAAACGCACUGAACGGACCGCUGGGGUCCUGCACAGCCGGGCUGGUAUUGGCUUCCAGGGACGCUGCCGCAAAGUUCUCUUGCUGGCCACUCUUGGCCCAAUGGGUCCAUCAUCAUCCCGUUGUGCCUCACUGCCCGAAGAAGGCACUGCCUGCACUGCUGAGCCUGGACGCUACUAUAAGACAUUGAAAGAGAGGCUUGGUGAUGAGGGAUGUGUGCUGCUGGUUGCAGGUGCUGCCCCAGUGGGUCAUCAGGAGCAGGGCUGCCUGCCCUGCUUGCCUCCUGACUGUGAACGGCAGCCUGGUCAAGACCUGGCUGCUGUGGCAUCAAUGCUGGAGCCACUCGAGCUGGACUGGGCUGACUGUGACAGGCCCCGGACCGCUCCAGCACGUUACGUGCGUGUGUCGGUGAUCCGGCGUGCCAAAACGACCCAUCCCAUUGUGUCCUCACCCUGCACUCCCGACAAAGGCCAUGCCUGCAAUGCAAAGGCUUCAUCGGCAGCUGGAAGUGCCAAGAUGGCUGGAGCAUCCCCUGCCUCUGCCCGUGAGGCCUCUGCCACUCGCCUCUGUCCCGUCAAGUCCAUUGCCACCUAUCUCGACCGGCCGAGCGGCAGCGGCCGCUGGCUCUCCUCUCCACCCUGCCUCCCUUCACCUCCACGUCGCGUGCGCUCCGCGCGAAACCUGCCAACACAGGCUGGAAGUGCUGAGGGUAUACGCUGGGCAUUGGGCGAUGGUGGACGCCGUGCCGCAGUGCCGUCGCCGACUCGGCUGCGUGUGGCCCCACUGCUGAAGCGUGUCGUGCAGCAGGAGCUGUGGAACCUAGAACAGGAGCUGAACAACAGUCUGUGCGCUGGGCACGUCUGGCAGCUGAUAACGGGGGACGAUCGGAAGUCACCACCACCAAAUAAUACCAUGCCCACAUCCAAUGGCCCUACAGGUGGAAGUCCCGAGAGGUCUUCUGGAUCUUCGACAAAUGCCUCUGGAUCUGCUGGUGUCACUGUGGCUGCAAUGCCUGCUGAAGGGAGCUCUUCGGCAGUUAGUGCAGCUGGGGCAACAAGCUCAAUGUCAGCUGAGACAUCUGCCAGCAUGACUGGGACCGCCAGUGGCAGCAAUGUGGCGCUGUCCGUGGAUGUGGGCACUAUGUCCUCUGCCGACCUGAGUUCUGGAAAUGGAAGCGAACUCCUGCCAAUCCAGCUGGAUGAUGACUCGAGCAGCACCUCAGAGUCCAAGACUGAUGACAUGCCGAUGGACCCGCUGCACCCAUCCCCUGGCAAGGCCAAGAAAGGCAAGCGAUGCUCUUGGUGCAACAAGAAGACUGGACUGGCAUCCACCUAUGUUUGCAGGUGCGGAAGCACAUUCUGUGCUGCUCACCGUUAUGCUGAGGCACAUGCAUGCUCUCAUGACUACAAGGCAGAGGGGCGCUACAUUCUGCAGCGUAACAACCCUGUGGUCAAGGCAGCCAAGUUGCCCAAGAUCUAGUUCCUCUGUGACCGAUGGGCAGGAAAUGGACAUCGACGACUACGCCUGCUCUGGAGGGGCGGGCUGUGUGCAACCCCUUUUCUUCCCCAGCCAUGGAAGCUUUUUUUUUUUUUCUCAUUGACGCAAGCAUGUAACUACUUUCGAUCCCUUAUGCAAGCCCAUGGUUUUCCUGGCUGGAAGAAUUAUUUGCUAGCAAAAGAACUGUUAGCGUACAACUUGCCACCAGACAGCUGCACACUUGCAGAUGACUUGUCGACAGAAGACCUCUCUGCCUCAGAAGAUGUAAUGAUUGGUGGACCGGUGAUGCAACCAUUAGGACUGAAGUGGGCAACCGUGACCAUGCAACUUUUCUUCUCAUUCUUCUUGUCUUUUUUGUGGCUUUGAAUUUUCAGCAAAGCAGUCCUUGCAGUGACACAAGGCACUUAGGGGCACCAUGUUGGUGCGUUUGUAUUGACUUGUUCUCUCUUCUUUUUUUCUUUUUUUAUUCUUCCAACCAAUUCGGACUGGGAUCUUCUGGUUGCCAAGACAGGCUGCUUCUCCGCAUCUGGCUUGAUACCUCGCAACUUUUUUUUUACUAGGACUAAUGUUUUUGAAAUUCUAUCUGAAUAAAUUGUAGUACGUCUGGA